AUGUCCCUGGAUUCGAAGGAUUCGUUCAAAGACCUGCAAUUCAAUGGUCAGCCGUCAGGAUACAGAGAUUUCCGAAGGAAAACGCUGUUAGCUGUGGCAAGCAUGGAAGACAAGCAUGCACAUCUAGCUGGACCUAGGUUGCUGUCGCGACUAUCUGGUGAGGCUUGGCGUGCUACUGAGCACUUGCCAAUCAACAAACUGCGUAGCUCUGAAGGAUGGUUAGAAGUGAUUAAAGCCUUAGAUAAUCACUACCGAUACCUGCCGGAGACAGAAUUGCAUGAAGCCAUCGAAGAGUUCCUCUUUCAGUUGAAGAGACGCCAUCAUGAAGGUGCCACUUCAUUCUCAUCAAGGUUCAGAACUCAGCUGGAUCGUGUGCAGACCUUGAUUGCACAGGAAAGAGAAGUUGUGAGAAGUAAACGUAGGAAGAAGGAACCUCUGAAAAGCACAGCCUCCAGUAGUUUGGAGGAGACCAGUGAAGAUGAAGAUGAUGGUGCUGGAUCGUAUGGAACAGCCCGUGCUCCAUCCCGUGCUCCAUCAGGUCCCUUAGGAUCACCAUCAGCCGAGCCUGUAAGGGCAUCUACUGCAGAAGCUGCUGGAGAACCAGCCGCACCAUCAGGUACACCACAGCCUGACCCUGCAACUGCUCCAGAAGGUAGUGUUGAUGGAGAUGGCGCCAAGUCAAAAGCAUCAGCAUCAAUUGCAGGAUCGAGAAUUGGUACGAAACGUCGUCAUGAGACACAUUCACGUGGCACAUUUGAGGAAGAUCAUGCACUUGGACUUCGGAAAAUGCAACAUAUGCUGGGAACCUUAGAACCUGGUAAGCUGAAGCCGACUCCAAUUUUUCCCCAAAGUGUGCUUGGACAUUUGUACAUGCGCAAAUAUGGCUUGUCCAGAGAGCAGAGAGCACAGAUCAUCCGGGCCACCAAUGGCUCUUCACGUUUUGUGGACGUUGAGCGCAUCAUGCGCGCCUCUGAUCUGGAAGAAACAAAAGAUGAUCGCCGUGUUCAAAAGACUGGUAGACGUGAUGCCUAUGCAGUUUCUGCCAAGCGUCACAAACAACAAGUGUUUCUGGCCGACGAUGAUGAGUCAUCGGAAUUGGUAGAUUUCGAAAAUGAGUCCAGUGAAACAGGUGAUGAUGAAGUUCUGGCCGCAGCACAUGAGGAUGAAGAUGAUUCCGAAAACGAUGAAGCUAUAGAAAUCCUGGAAAUGCACAAAAAGACCAAAGACAAGUUCCGAAAAGCAUUUCGUUCAUACAAGGAUUCUAGAAAGAAAGUGAAGGAGAUUCGUAAAAGCCGCCAGACAUAUUACCCUGUUGUUGCACUGAAUCAGCAGUCUUCAGAUGCCACUGGAUCAUCUGCACAAGUUCCUUUGCAGAAGCAGCAGUUCAAGUAUGACCGCAAGAACACUGCAGCUGCCAAGGGGAAUCCCAAACGAAAGCCUGAGAAGGGUGCUCGUAAGGAGGAAGCCAAUUUUACUGAAACAUCCUUUAUCACGGAGUUCAACUACAUGGUGGAAGUCAAUACAACGGUUUUAUCUGAGGAAAUUCUGUUGACAAGUAUUCCCAUGGGUUUUGCUAUUGUUGAUACUGGUUGUACAACUUCGGUGAUUGGUCAAGAAUGUGCAGAACGUAUGAUUGAAUUUCUCAAACAGCAUCAACUCCCUCUUCCUGAAGAGAAGACCUUGCCGCCUGUGGAGCUGAAGGGUUUUUCUGGAGAAGCUACCACCACCACCAAGGGUCUGUUGCCUCAAGAUUGGAGUCCUGAAGAAGUUCAUUUAGAAGAAGUAGAAUCCGAUGUGUGCCAACCCAAUCAUGAGCCCAAUCAACCGCCAACUGCUACCGCUGCCCGCAUUGAGCCAGCAGUCAUCGACGAUGAGGACAGCUGCUCUGACCAAAAUCCAUCAAAUAGUGAGCCAGGUGCCGAUCGACGAGGAGUACAGCAAACCAACCUAGCCUUGUUUGCAUAUCGUGAGUCGCCAGCUGAAACAGCCGUUCCUAUCCCAAAUGAGGAUCAUCCAUGCAUUGAACCGGAUACAGUGGAACGAGACUUGCGUGCCUGGUUAGGACCCCAAGCCCAUAAGUUGAAGCAGCCUGUCCAUAUGAUCGAGGUGUUCACCGAUGUUGCACCAUUGGCAUCCCAGUUAGAACUUGAGUCAGGUCAAACUGUGAUCAGAAUUGGCAUUCACCAUGGCCAAAACCUCGACCGCCUCAAAGACAGACAGCUCCUUCUGUGCUUGAUUGCUUUGACGCGGCCCCGUCACAUUUGGUACAGUUGGCCUUGUGGAGACUGGGGACCAUGGAGUAGGUUCAACAUGAGUAAAAGCCCAAAAUUGAGAGAUGAAAUCAUGAGCCGUAGACAGCACCACCGUAGGUAUCUCCGCACUGUUGCAGAAGCCUGGAAUCUUCAAAACAUUCUAGGAGGUUUCAACCAUGCAGAAAAUCCACUUAGUUCCGAUGCCUGGCAAGAGCUCGAUCUAGGUGAAGUUUUCGACAUCCGUGUAGAUCAAUGUGCAAUGGGUCUCAGGUGUCCGAAGACAAAUCGUCCAGUGUUGAAACCCACCAGGAUUGUGACUACUUCACCACACCUUGCAAGAACUCUUCAAAAGUGUAGAUGUGAUCAUAAACAUGAACAUGCUCACUUAGAGGGUCGCUAUAAAGGUAGGAAUUUGUCAUCCUGGGCCGAAGUUUAUCCAAAGAAGUUUUGUAGGAUUGUUGCCAGAGCCUUGAAUCAGGAGUCCCUGCAGUCAAAUCCACCGGACAAUCAUUGGUCCGACGAGCUGUUUGCAGCCGAAGCAUCCGAGCAAGAGAUAGCACCUGAGUCGGAGGGCGACCAGUCCGAUGUUCCAAUAGAGAAAGCCAAAGCCAUUGUUGCCAAGCUUCAUGUUAACACAGGACAUGCGUCCCCCGAACAGAUGAUGCGCCUUGCAAAUAGAUGCCAGUCCUCCGAGACCAUAAAACAGGUCAUCCGGAACUUCACAUGCUCCGUAUGCGACGAACUCAAGGUUCCUGUCUUGCAUAGGAAGGUCACAGUUCCACAUGCUGAACGUCCAAAUCAGAUUGUUGGUGUUGACUUUGUGCAAGUCGAAAUGAGACGAGAAGGUCCUGAUGGGAACCUGCAUGAAGAGAAGUUCAACGUUGCAACCUGUGUUUGCAUGGCCACCGAUUUCUGUCAACAAGUGAUCGUGCCUCCAGGAAAGAAUGCCUUGUCCAAAGCUUUUCACAACGCAUGGACACGUGCCUAUGGUAAGCCAGACAUUGUGUACAUGGACCCAACACAAAUCACCUUGUCGAAAGAUUUCCAAAGUUAUCUUGCUCACCAUGAUAUAAAGCUGUUGCAUUGCGCUGCAGAGGCACACUGGCAACUUGGUAGAUUAGAGAUCGCCAACCGUGUCCUGAGAGGCAUGGCACAAAAAUGCUGGAGAACCACAUCCAGGCCAGCCGAUGAAGUGAUUGAAACUUGUGCAUCCAUCCGGAAUCAACACAUGCGUAAGAAUGGUUUUUCACCUUGCCAAUGGUUCCUUGGUCACGAUGUCAAAACGCCUGGUUGGUUGGGUGAUGUCUCCGAGCAGAGAAAUUUUCCAGUGCAGUCUCAAAUCCUUUCCGAUGAAACUUUUGCGGACCGAAUGCGACUUCGUGAAGAAGCUGCAAGAGCCUUCAUAGAAGAACAUGCAAAAGACUCAUGGAGACGUGCCAUCAUGGGUAGAAACAGGCCUAUGCGUGGUCCCUAUAGAGCUGGACAACUGGUAUAUUUCUAUCGUAAAAGGGGUGCUGGUCAGUUGAGAACACGUUUUGGUGUUUGGCAGGGUCCGGGUAGAAUUGUAGGUGUUGAAAGUUCCCAAGGUCACCAUGUUCCGAGAAUAGUUUGGGUAUCUUACAACGGUUUCCUAUACAAAUGUGCACCGGAAUCCUUGAGACCAGUCCCAGAAGAUGAAGACACCUUCCGACAAUUGGCAAGGGAUCUUGCAGAAGGCAAACUCCAUCCUGAUGUCAUCGAAGCCGAACAGGUAGCUCUCAAGAAUGCUGGAUCUUUCCAAGAUCUGACAGAUGACAUGCCAGUUGAGGAUGACAUGGAACUCGCCUCUGACCUUGAUGAUGAACCCGACAAUGCUGAUCACAAAGGGGAAAAGCGUCAUUUAGAGGGCGAGGAGCCAAUUCGUAGGGUGUCCCAACGUUUUUAUCGUUCACCUGAAUAUUGGAAAAAGCGUGCAGCAGGUGCACCACCUUUAGGAUCCCGUCAAGAGGGUGUAAUGCCUGACAUGAUAAUCCCAGGGGAUGAGCCUAGUUCUAAGAGGGUAAGAAUAGAUGAUCAACCCCAAGAACAAGAGUAUGAGCCAUCUGAACCAUAUGAGCCAUCCGUUGCUCCAGAUCCGCCUGAUGAUGACAUGUCAGAACAGAUCGAAGAUCCACAACCUGUGCCAGUGGAGACAACCGAUUCUCCAAUGCCUGAGCCGCCUGCAGCAAUGGAAUCCACUGAAACAACCACAGUGCCUGAGGAUGCACCUCCACACAUUCAGAGUGAUGAUGAAGGACUGAUUGCUGAAUCCAAUCCAAUCAAAUCAGCCGAGGUAUCAUUGCGUAAGCUCAGUAAGGAAGACAGAGCUCUUUUUGAAAAAGCUAUGCAAAAAGAAUGGCAAUCCUGGGUUGAAAAUCGAGUCAUGUCCUUGUGCAAAAAGCGUGGUGUUGACCCCGAAAAGAUCAAGCAGUGGAUGUCAUUGACGGACGAUGACGUUUACCGCCUUGAAAAGGCUGCCUAUGGUCUUGCCGAGGACCCACAAACCUACAGCAUUGAAAUUGGCCAGGAAAGCUACAUCGACUCCUUAGUCGCAAUGGCUUCAGGUUUGCUCUUGCGCGCCGUCAAACAUGGACAAAGUCACUACAUCAUGAACACAAUCCGUGGUGCUCCGAAUUCGAAAGCUUACUGGGUGGGAGGAUCAACUGUCCUUCAAGACCUUCACAGUGCAGUCAUGCCGAAUCUGCCAGGUCCCUCCUCUAUGAGUGAUGCCUCCAAGCGCCGCUUAUCAGAAGAUGAUGAUGAAGCUGCAUCUUGGGACAAGGUGUCCGCCAGCCGUGAGGAACUCAGCGAAGCUGCAUUCAUGGACAAGCUGUCGUAUGGAGAUAGCAAUGUUCCAGCACCGUGGAUGGAAAGCCGCAGUCCGCACCUCCGUGCCAUGGAUGAAGUCCGUGAGGACAUCCGCAUUCCAUUUCCCAGCGACAUUGAAAGUGUCGAAAUCUGGGGCAAGUGCUUUUGUGAAACUGAUAAGUAUAAAGAAGAGAAUUUGAAAUAUGAUCAGCUAGUGCAGCGUGCCAAGCAUGAUGCCGAUUGUAAGAAGUACUUGAAAUGGCUUGUUGAUAAAUAUGGUUUUAAGCCAGGUGUGACACCAUCCGAUGAGAAGAUUACUCCAGGUAAGGAUCUGGCACGAUUCUUGCAGCGCUCAGGAUGGAAAGCUUUCAACUCAGACGUGGCAUUUACCCGUCGCUUUGCAUGA